AUGUUACGAGGCGCACAAGCCUUCAGCAUUCUUCGCCGACAGGCACACACCAUCCCGAAGCACCUGCAAUCCAUCCCGACCGAGCAGGAUCCACCGUUCUCGAAGAUGGUCGAGUAUUGCUUCCACAAGGCUUGUCUGGUGCUGGAACCGCAGCUGAUCGAAUCGAUGAGCAAAUACCCGACGAUGAGUGCCGAACGUCGGAUGGCCCGGGUGCAAGCGAUCCUGCAGAUCAUCUCGAACAACUCGAGCACGCUGCAGAUACAGUUUCCGUUCCGGCGUGACAGUGGCGAGUAUGAGAUGGUUACCGCCUUCCGGUCGCACCACUGUCUCCACCGGCUACCGGUCAAGGGUGGUAUUCGGUUCUCGCUGGACGUGUGCCAGGACGAGGUGGAAGCUCUCUCGGCACUGAUGACCUUCAAAUGUGCCUGCGUCAAUGUACCGUUCGGUGGAGCCAAGGGGGGCAUCAUUAUUGAUCCGUCCCGGUACAGCGAGAAGGAACUGCAGAGCAUCACGCGCCGCUACACGGUCGAGCUGGCGAAGAAGAACUUUAUCGGCCCGGGGAUCGAUGUGCCCGCACCGGAUAUGGGUACGACGUCGCGCGAAAUGUCCUGGAUUGCGGACCAGUACGGGAAAACGUUUGGCCACCGGGACAUUAACACGAUGGCGGUCGUGACCGGGAAGCCGCUCAAUCAGGGUGGUGUCCGAGGGCGUAUCGAAGCGACCGGGAAGGGUGUCUAUAUUGCCACCAACUGUUUUGCCCGCGAAGCGAACUGGAUGCGCGAGAUCGGGCUGGAACCGGGGCUCGAGGGUAAAACGGUGAUCGUACAGGGGUUCGGCAAUGUGGGACAGUACGCCGCCGAGCACUUCCACAAGGCGGGCUGCAAGGUAGUUGGUAUCAUUGAACGGGAUGUUUCGCUCCACUGCCCCACCGGUAUCGACAUUAAGGGACUGGGUCGCUACAAAACGGAACACAAAACCAUCAAGGGCUUCCCGAAGGCCACGGAGUUUGCCGGUGAUUUGCUGCUGGAGCAGUGCGACAUACUCAUACCGGCGGCGGUCGAGAAGUCGAUUACUGCGGAAAAUGCGAAGAAAAUUAAAGCCAAAAUCAUUGCCGAAGGCGCGAACGGGCCAACGACACCGGCCGCUGAUAAGAUCCUGCAGGAGCGCCGUAUCCUCGUCAUACCGGAUCUAUACUGCAAUGCGGGCGGUGUGACGGCUUCGUACUUUGAGUACCUAAAGAACAUCAAUCAUAUCUCCUUUGGUAAGCUGUCCUUCCGCCAUGAGGCACACAAUCUGCGUGAGGUGCUGGCCUCGGUACAGGAAUCCUUGCGAAGUGCGGGCGUUUGUGUGACGGUGUUGCCAACGAAGCAGCUGAAACACUACUUCGAGCAUGCCAGCGAGGCCGACGUCGUUUCGUCCGGGUUACAAUUUGUGUUGGAAACGGCCGGCCAGGGUAUCAUGAAGGUGGCGGCCCAGCAUAAGCUCUGUCUGGAUCUGAGAACGGCCGCUUACAUAUGGUCGGUGGAGAAGAUUUUUAAAUCGUACGAAGAGGCAGGUCUUUCGAUGUAA